AUGUUCACAGCGCCUCAAGUCAUCACGGGCACAUUUCUUUUAGCGACGUUACUCGUUCUCGCACCGUACGCGCACACCUGGGAUCGCGCUUACGUACGCAAAUACCUGCUGGCAAUGAUGCCGUACAUACAACCACAAGAGAUGGCUUGGUUCGUCAGCGAACAGUGCAAUACGGAGCAAAUAUCAGAUGUUACUGAAUUUAUGAGGACGCUCAAUGGCGAACUCGGUCUCACACAAACCGUGCUGACAAAUCGCACUGAUAUACAUUUCAUCGAAACGACAAUGAAGACACAUAUUGUGUCGGUGGUCUUUACAACCGGCCCCAGCGAUCCGAUUAUGAACGUACAGGCGCACUCUUUACGCGAUCGUCACUUAACUUUCAAUUUAAUCAUUAUGUUGAAUGUGGUAAGCGAUUUCGAUGUGAUCCGACAAUUCUUGUACGAGCUCGCACUUCGUGGAUUCCACAAACCGUUACUCUACUACGUCAGCGCCGAUAAUGGCAAUGAAGUGUACGGUUAUACAAUAUUUCCUGUGUUUACCAUACUGAAUCGUGUUAACUACUCGGCCGAGCUGGAAGCAGAAUUUACACAAUACAUCGCGGGCGGUUUGAAUGUGAGAGGUUAUAAGCUACGCACACCGCUGCGUCAAGAUCUACCAGGCGUUUUUCGUGCACGAGACACAUGUAAUGACACCAAAUGCAUGCAGGGCACCACAUUCAACUUGCUCAGCCUCUAUAUAGACUACAUCAAUGCGACGCUGGUGAGUUACCCAAUGCCGCAAGAUCGUUUGGGUGGCAAUGUGAUCGAUAUGAAAGCCGCUUUUGAUUUGUUACGUCGCAAAGAGAUCUCAUUUCUCGCACAUGCUUACGCGCUGUUCUAUGACGACGAGAGUAUCAGUUUGAGCUAUCCGGUAGGUGUGGUGCGUUGGUGUCUCAUGGUGCCCAUUUGGAAUAGUGUCAGCACAAUGUUUUAUCUGCUCGAGCCGUUCGAUCGCAUGACUUGGUUCGGCAUUAUUUUUGUUUUUGGCGCUUUGUUGUUGCAACAGUGGUUGUGGUGCUGCUUGCAGGGCACAAAUGAGCUGGUGAUGCGUUUAAGUGACAGUGUUCUGCGUAGCUUGUGCUUGUGCACAGGUAUAAAUAUACCGCACUCGUUCAGCGCGCCAUCUGCAUUGGAGUUUUUGAUUUUCACCACAUUUUUCUUCUACGGCUUCUUUCUCACCGCCAACUACACGUCGCUGUUGGGCAGCAUUUUGGCGGUUACCUCAUUUCGUGCACAAUUCAACACCAUGGACGAUUUGGUGGCUGCAAAUCUUUCGGUCUUGAUUAUCGAUUACGAGUUGGAGUUUCUUCACGCGAGUGACAUCGUGCUACCCGCGAAUUUCUCACGUCUCAUUCAACCGGUGGACGCUGCCACCUUUAUAGCACUGCAAUAUAGUUUCAAUACAAAUUACGCCUACUUUGUGACCGAAGAUAAGUGGCACUUUCUCGACUUGCAGCAACAGUAUCUGAAGCAAGGCAUUUACAAGUUCAGUAAGAUUUGUUUCGGCUCAUUCUUUGUUGCCUUUCCCAUGCGACGCGAUUCGUUCUUCUAUCGCAGUUUGGAAUAUUAUAUCUUUCGUAUGCAUUCUUCGGGUUUGCUGGCUCAUUAUGAGCGCACUGCGUUCGAUUAUGCCGUACAAGCGGGUCUCGUCAAACGUUUGACUUACAACUCAGAGUAUACAUCCGCCGGCAUGCAGCAUUUGAUGGUUGUCUUCUUCAUGCUUAUAGCAAUGCAUAUGCUGAGUUUGCUGGUUUUCCUGUCGGAGCUUUUAUACCACAGAGCUGCGGGAAUGAGAAGGGGGCGAGUGAGCGAACAAAGAACAGGCAGUGAUGAGCGAAGCACGAGUGUAAAGAAAACUGUUAGCCAAUGAGAGUGAGGGAGCUCACGACUAGCUUAA